GUUGCACUUAAAUGCUUAUUCAGAGGUGUCAUUGGCUGCUUUAAGGAUUGCUAUACAGCCUUCUGAUUGGCCAAAAUGUAAGCCCAGGUGCCUCAUGCUGCACUCCGAUCCACCAGAACUUUUUGUUGCAUUUCAUCAUCUAGUGACGCGUAUAGCAAGAAUAUUCGAUAACGCUACUUACUACAACUUCAAUUGACUACUAUCACCAUGGACGAUCAAGCGAUUCUCGACUUUUGUGCUGUUACAAAUGCUUCAACAGAAACCGCUCAAAAAUAUCUUCAAGUACGAUGUGGCGGAUGGCAAUGUUGAAACUGCAGUGACGUUAUUUCUUGAAAGCGGCGGUCAAGAAGACAUGCAAACGGAAUCACGAGGCGAUUCGUCGAGUUCAUCACCCCAUAUGGGCAAUGCUGCUGUGUCAGACGAAGAUCUUGCUCGACAGCUGGAACGUGAAGAACGGGAACUACGCCAGCGUCAAGAACAUCAGAUCCGAGCACCGAUCGCACCUAGACGUGAUAUUCUUGCUGGAAGCAGACAUCUUUUCGAUGCAGGCUCGUCGUCAUUAUGGGGUUCAGGCGAAGCUGCCCCUGCUCGACGCUCUGUAUUCAAUCAAGGGGAUUCGUCAAGCGGUAGUCCUGGCCCAGAUUUCAUUAGAAACUUGGAUCGGAAUAUUGCACCAGGGCAGGGAUCAGGCGGUGAAAAUGGAUUUGGCGCUGUCAGCAGUGCAAAGGCAAAGCGGUUAGCCGAUCUGUUUCGACCGCCAUUCGAUCUGAUGUACUCGGGUGGAUUUGAAGAAGCACGCACUACUGCACGGGAACAGAAUAAGUGGAUGAUGGUAAACGUGCAAGACGCCACGGAAUUUACAUGCCAAAUCUUAAACCGAGAUCUCUGGAGUGAUUCGACUAUAAAGGAUAUUGUGCGAGAAUCCUUUGUGUUUUUACAGUAUGAACGCGAAAACCCCGAGGGCAAACGAUACUUGACGUAUUACCCCAUCAAGAAAUACCCACACAUUGCAGUGAUAGAUGCUCGUACAGGUGAACGCGUCAAAGUGUGGGAAUCAGUCCCAACGCCGAGUGAUCUCAUCAUGGAAGUCACGGAAUUCUUGGAACAACAAGGGGGCUCGGAUAACGCGCCAUCAUCGGCAACGAAGAAGAAGGCAAAAAUGUCUUCCAAGAGCGUUUCAGACAUGAGUGAGGAAGAACAACUCAAUGCUGCCAUUGCGGCAUCGCUGCACGGCAAGCCUACCGACUCGACUGAAGAACAAAAAGAACCAGCAGCAUCGUCAUCACUAUCAUCAUCACCAUCAUCACCACAGCAGCAGAUACAAGGGAAAGAAGAAGGCAAAAUGGAGGAUGUACAAGAACAGGAAGGUGGUGCCGAAGAUGAGGCAGAAGAGCAAACGUUAUCGGUGCUGGAUUCUAUACAGCCCAAUAAGCGUGAUGAGCCGACGGACAUUGCAAAUUCGACGCGUAUACAGUUGCGGAUGGCGGACGGCAAACGGGUCAUUCGGCGGUUCUUGAAGACGGAUCCAGUCCGGUACUUGUUUGAGUUCGUCAAGGCAGAAGUACCUGAAACACAGGAACGACCAUUCGAGCUGGUCUUCAACCGUAAACAAUUGAUCGAAUCACUUGACCAGCCGAUCCAGGAGGCCGGCCUGGUAAAUGCCGCUGUAAACUUUGUGUUCACUUGAAAAGAAAAAGCUCGGAAACAGAGAGAGAGAAAGAGCCGAAAAACAAACAACAAAAGAGUUGGCGCAAACCAUAAUAAAUUGCCGUUUUGCAAAUGUUUUUCUUUGCUGUUUUGGGGGUGGGUUGGGCGUGGUAGGAGUGAGUGAGUGUGCAGAGCAUUCU